CGGGUCAUGUGACUUGCUCUAUUCAAAGAUGGUGGACAUUUUGUAUUCUUUUCAAAUGGCUUAGAUUUAUAGGCAAGAAAACUUAGUUUUUCAACCUCCAGAAAUCAUGGCUUAUGAAACUUCAAGUGGUUCAACGUACCAUUUGAUAGUCUCCUAUGUUACUACGUUUGUAAUAAUAGCAGUAGGAUUAUAUUAUAUUUUGACGGGUCAAGGAGGACGUUUUGACAUUGGAUGGGUUCUGUCAUCAACUUCACCAUUUAUGUGGGCUGGUCUAGGGAGUGGUUUGGCUGUUGCCUUAUCAGUUGUUGGUGCUGCAUGGGGAAUUUUUACAACGGGAGCAAGUAUCUUAGGUGCUGGUGUUAAAGCUCCCAGAAUCAAAACAAGAAAUCUUGUGAGCAUUAUAUUUUGUGAGGCAGUAGCAAUUUAUGGCAUCAUUAUGGCUAUUGUUCUAAUUCAAAAAGUCGAGGCAGGCAAUUAUCAGAAUGAAACUGAGGAUAAAUUGAGAAAACUUUAUGGUGCAGCUUAUAAAAUAUUUGGAGCAGGUUUGACAGUUGGACUUUCAAACUUGUCUUGUGGAGUAUGUGUAGGUAUCAUUGGUAGUGGAGCUGCCUUGGCUGAUGCACAAAAUCCUGCCUUGUUUGUGAAGAUUCUUAUUGUUGAAAUUUUUGGAAGUGCUAUUGGGCUGUUUGGAGUAAUUGUUGGUAUCAUUCAGACAAAUAAUGCCAGUUUCUCAUUCUGAAGAUUUGAUGUAUUUUUCCAACUGUCUGUUGUAUUGUGUUGUUGUGUGCAAGACGACUGUAGACUGGACUUUUGAUGAAUGUGCAUAGUGAAUGAAAAUGACUGCAAUAUGUUAUUUAAUUUUAACUUAAUUGGAUAAUUACAACAUAGCCACGCCAAAUUAUCACAAAAUUGUUACAAACAAUUAAUGAGACUUUAACAAUUAUUAAAACCCUUCCAUAAUUACAAAGAGA